AUGGCAUGGGCCGAGUCGUUGACGAGGCCGGCCAUGACCUGGUCGGCUGUACCUGCGCCAAACCGCUUGUCAACCGUUUCAUGGUCCGUCAGGCCGCUGGUGUGCAGUAGCAGGUGGCGCAGCGUGACGGGACGGCACGGCGCUCGCAUCUGCGGUGUCGGUCCCACGCUCCACAAGCUGCAACGCCGCAAUGUGCGUAACGAUCUUGCCGGCCGAGCCGAGCGUCACGGUGCUGUCGGCAUCGAGCAGAGGUGCGUCGUCGUUGACGCUGUCGCAGAGCCACUGGCGGCCGGCCGCGUGGCGAUAUAG